UUACAGGAAGAACCGCGGGUAAUCAGAGUGGGAGGAAUGAUAUAAAGAUGAGCGUCUUGCGAACGAUCGGAAUAGAAGAAUCGAUCCUACAACAUGUGGAGAUAUCGAACGAUCGGGCUUUUUGCCUUGCUGGCUCUUCUCUGCAUUGACGCACAAGCUGCAGAGACCAGAGCGAAACGUAACCCUCACGGAUUUCACGAUGCAGCCGCUAGUAGCAGUUUCCUGAAAUCUCUCGCUGGUGUAGGUGGAUUAGGUGGUGGAUUUGGCGGAGGAUUUGGCGGAGGUUUCGGCGGUGGUGGCGGUGGUGGCGGAGGUGGAGGUGGUGGCGGAUUUGGUAGUGGUGGAGGAUUCGGUUCUGGUGGUGGUUUUGGUGGUUCUAAGGGAGGACCUGGCUGCCAUACCGGCGGUUGCGGUGGCCACGGCACUAGUGGUGGUGCCGGAAGUGGCGCAGGAGGUGGUGCCGGAGGUGGUGCCGGAGGUGGUGCCGGAGGUGGCCUAGGCAGUGGCCUAGGAGGUGGCCUAGGAGGUGGCCUAGGAGGUGGCCUAGGAACUGGCUUAGGAGGUGGACUAGGAAGUGGCCUAGGAGGUGGCCUAGGAAGCGGCCUAGGAGGUGGCCUAGGAGGUGGAGCUGGCGGGCACGGUGCAGGAGGGCACGGUGCAGGAGGGCAAGGAGCAGGAGGGCACGGAGGAGCUGGCGGUCGCCCUGGCGGCGGUGCCGGAGCAUAUGGUGGCUCCGCAGCUGGAGGUGGCGCUGGAGGAUACGGUGGUUCCGGAGCUGGAGGUGGCGCUGGAGGAUACGGUGGCUCCGGAGCUGGAGGUGGUGCUGGAGGAUACGGAGGAUCUGGUGCUGGGGGUGGUGCUGGUGGUGGGGCUGGAAGUGGUGCUGGAGGUGGCGCUGGAGGUGGUGCUGGAGGAUACGGAGGAUCUGGCGCUGGGGGUGGCGCCGGAGGAUACGGCGGCUCUGGAGCUGGAAGUAGCGCCGGGAGUCAUGCGGGGUCGACUGGAGUAGUAAAAACUGGUGGAUAUGGUGGCGCAGGCGGCGGAGCUGGAAGUGGUGGUUACGGUAGUUCAGGUGCCGGUGGUGGUGCUGGCGGACGCGGUGGUGGAGCUGGAGGAUAUGGUGGUGCAGGCGCCGGUGGUGGAGCUGGAGGUUAUGGUGGCCUAGGCGGUGGUGCUGGUGCUGGCGGACACGGUGGCGCCGGUGCUGGAGCUGGAGGUUACGGUGGUUCAGGUGCCGGAGGUGGCGCAGGCGCCGGUGGUGGUGCAGGCGCCGGUGGUGGUGCUGGAGGUUAUGGUGGCCUAGGCGGUGGUGCUGGUGCUGGCGGACACGGUGGAGCAGGUGCCGGAGGUGGAGCUGGCGGAUUUGGCGGAGCUGGUGCUGGAGGUGGAGCUAGUGGACACGGCGGCGCAGGUGCCGGUGGUGGAGCUGGAGGAUAUGGCGGCGCAGGCGCCGGUGGUGGAGCUGGGGGAUAUGGUGGUUCAGGCGCCGGUGGUGGUGCUGGCGGAUACGGUGGAGCAGGUGCCGGAGGUGGAGCUGGAGGAUAUGGUAGCGCAGGUGGCAAAGGUGGAGCUGGUGGCUAUGGUGGAACAGGUGGUCUAGGCGGAAGCGGUGGUUAUGGUGGUUACAGAGGGUCAGGUGCCAGUUCCAGUGCCAGCGCCAACGCCAACGCCAACGCGAAUGCUUACGCAGCUGCGAGUGCCAGCGCUAGUGCACAUGCUCUUGCUAAUUCAAAUGCGCAUGCAUCCGCUACUGCGAACGCAAACGCUGGUGCCGGCCUCGGAGGAGGAUACGGCGGUUAUGAUGGUUACGGUGGUCCCGGCGGACAUGGAGUCGAUCUUUUUUCCCGUAUGGGCGAUAUCAACGAAGGAGUAAAUAAGAGCGGAGGCGUGGACAAAGCCAAAGGUGUCUACAGCAGUAGCGCAGCCAACAUCGAUUCUACUGGAAAGGGAUCGUACAAAGUAUCGGCUGGAAAAGUCUAAAUGGUCUUACCGCAGGAGGUUGAAGUCGACUUUUAGGAUGGAAGAUGAACCAGAAUUUGAUCUGUGAUCAAAGGCUUGCGCGGGGCUCGAUUCGCGUAUCGCUAUUUUUACUGUUUAUACCUAGUCUGUCUUUAUUGUAUUCGAUGAAUAAAAUGCGUGAGCGAGUCUCGCGUAGCGCUAAACCUUUAAAAUACCUCCUCUUUAAAAUAGCAGAUUCAUAUGACGUAAACUGUGCAGUUCGAAUAAACGAUUCAUUCUUACUUA